AUGUUGGCUUUCCUAAAGAUAAGGAAGCGUGACCGGACGGAACAGGGGCAGUUACUGAAAGUUAGAAUCAAUAAAAAGCUGUCGGUUUAUCAAGCUGCAACCAGGUUACAAAUCAAUAGUCUUUCAUCUGUUGAUUUGGAUGGGAAGUCAACGAAGAGGUUGUUGCAUGGAACUUUGGCAUUGUUGAUAGAAGCUGCUGAAGCAUGUUUAUUCUCUGUCUGGCGAAAGUUGAGAAUUUGUGAUGAGCUCUUCGGCUUAUUGUUUGUGGGGAUUUCCCAAAUUGCUCUCACUCGUUGUCGUCAGCUGCUGCGUGUCUUGCUCAUUCGCUUCAAACCCCUUGUGUUAAGUACAUGUGCUCAGAGACUUGAGGCAGAUUUUCUAGGACCUCUAUUUCUUGUUGUGGCUAAAAUAUGUUCAGAUUUUGAUCCUAUUGUAUAUGUGGAACCUGCACUUUUGAAGUUAUUCUGCAAUUUGUGGUUCUAUGUUGCUCUCUUCGGGUUUGCACCUCCAAUUCAAAAAACUCUAUCUCCGACAGGAAUUUCUCUUCAAGCAGUAGGUGGGCCAUACAUGUCGAAUACUCAGUGGCCUUCUGCUGUUCAGCGUAUUUCUCAAGGGACCCCACCUCUUGUAAGUUGA